AUGGCUGAACAGUUGCUUUCGUGGCUGAACGGCCGUGUUGAUUUUCGACAGGCGUACACCUUGAGCUGGAGCGAUAUUAUCGCGCUUUUAGCGGAUAUCACCAGCAACCCCGGUGCAUACGGAGUCCCCCCUCAGAAUGUCGCCAACCUGCUGUUGAUACAUGCGGAUAUCACCCGCCUCCGCCGCCCCGAUGGCACUGACUACCUCGUCCCACCGCCACCCCAGAACAUCGACCGGAACCGUCAUCCCAACUGGCCCUCGGCCAUGUCGCGAUUGCGGCUUACAAAGUCGACGUAUGAUGGGGUGGAAUACUGGGCCCUUCCGGACCUCUUGGGGCUCUUUAUGAGCACUUUAGGUCGAGCUCCCACAACAGCAACUAAGAGGAAUUUCUACCUGCCGCUGACCGCUGUCUACGGACAGUGGUGCUCAAAGCUGAUCAGGCAAGAAAGACUCAGUUGCCCGAGUGUGUUUCAGUGCAGUUGGACCGAAGACGGAGAGUUCCAUCUUGGAGCCUCUAGAGGCGGUUUUGCGACUGAUAGCAGGAUGGGAUCCUGGCUUGCCGUGUUGGACAGGGCUCGGUAUGGGAUCAUCAGGUCUCCAUUACUGCAGCUGACCAAUUGGUCACAAGCUUGGACUCCUACCAUCCGAGCUCGAGGCCGAAAGUGGGGCAGGCCGUUUGGCCGUUGUGCGGAGACAUAUCCUGUCCGCAAACUUCUGAUGGGUAAAACCGAAGAAGAGGCAGCGAAAGUGCAUGGGUUAGCGCUAUGGAGCCGCUACCUACACACUGCUCCUGCCUACGAUGAUCGACUGUCUGGGAGGAUCUGGGGGAGCCUGUGGGACCCCUGUGACAAUUGUAAAGCCCUCAUCAGCGUCAACAAGGGCAAUAUUCUCAACUUCGGCCCAUUGACCGGAAGCGUGGGAGCCCCGCCUUGA